AUGUCAGCAACAACAGCACCAAACUCGUUAGUCAUGAACCCAACUUCUAUGUUAGUAGAGAUGAAAAGCUUCAUUCCUUCUUCAUAUACUUUCGAAACAGAAAUCCAGAAGAUAAAGCAAGAACUUCUCCAAGGAGAUCUAAACUGUAGUGCGAAAGAUGAAACAAAUGAACAGUAUCUUUAUGAAAUGCAGGAUAUUAUUGACCAUCUACCUAAACUUCCUGAAAUACAACAACAAAAGCUCACUAUUCCAGAAUUCGAUGAAAUAGAAGUGAAACCAUCUGACUCAGUUGAAAUAAAGAAGUUCAUACGUAAUGUAAACUAUGAGUUUCUUGGAUUUCAUUACAACCACAAAGACUGCGAUAUGGUAUAUUUCAUUGACAUAUAUAAAUCUGAAGAAUUUAAGACCUACGACAACUUUGUUUCGUUAGUUGCUGAGUGUGUCUUGCAGAUAAGAGAUAAAGAUAGAAGAGGUAAGGUAUGGAACCAACAGAUAAAACCAGCAGCCUUUGAGUUAAAGAAGACCAUCUACGCCUUACU